AUGGCAUUCCUUGAUACCAAGACCUUAAUCCUAGGCAAGAGCCACUACCUGCUUUACUGCCUUGUCACAGCUAUCCAGCCACGCAUGUUGGUCACUUUUGAUGAACAGCUAAAUCCACUCCCAGUAUCUGUUCGUGUUGGUCAGGCUGUCGAUGUGGUUGGUCAGGCAGGCAAGCCCAAAACAAUUACUGGUUUCCAAACGCACACAACCCCAGUCUUGCUUGCACAUGGAGAGAGGGCAGAGCUUGCCACGGACGAGUACCUUCCCCUCACAUCUAUCAUGGAGGGCUUUGUAAUCCUUAAGAAAAAUCCAGAUUAUGAGACAUAG